GCACAUCAAUGGCACCGACAGCCCCAUCACUAUCAGCGCCAACAACAACAACAACAACAUCAGGUGCGCCAAUACAGCACCGGUACAGACGGUGGCAAUCAGUCGCUCAGUCAUAUAAACCAUAGCACAGGCGAGCCUCAGAUGGUGGACAUCGGCGGCAAACGACUGACCGCACGUCAGGCCACAGCCGUUGGCCGGGUAUGGGUAGGCGGCCGGGUAUGCGAUCUCAUAGCCGCCAAUGCCAUAGAGAAGGGACAAGUGUUAAGUGUGGCCAAAAUUGCCGGCAUUAUGGCCGCCAAGAGUACGGCUCAAUUGAUACCAUUGUGUCAUCAGAUAAAUCUCAAUAACGUGUCCAUCGAUACAGUGGUGGACAGGGAGGCAGAGGAGGUGUUGAUUACGGCCACCGCUAAGACUACAUGGGCUACAGGUGUUGAGAUGGAGGCUCUGGUGGCGGUGUCGACGGCAGCCCUAACCGUGUAUGACAUGUGCAAAGCGGUUAACUCCGGGAUUGUUAUCCGAGAGAUCCGUUUAGUGGCAAAGAGUGGCGGAAAGAGUGAUAUGAAGUUGUGA